AUGUCGCCACCACUGUUAUCACCACUGUCACCUCCAGUUACCACCACUGUUAUCACCACUGUCAUCACCAUUAUCACAACCAUUAUCACCACUACUGGGACAACAACUAUUAUCACCACUGUUACCACCAUUACCACAACCACUGUCACCACCAUUGCCACCACCAUUCAUCACCACUCUCAAUCCACUAUCACCAUCACUGUCAUCACUGCUUUCACCACAACCAUCACCACAACUGUCAUCACCACUGUCACCAUCCUUAUCACCACCACUGUCACCACCACCGUCAUCACCACUGUCACCACUAUUCUCAUCACUACUGUCAGUACCAUCAUCACUACUAUUGUCAUCACUGUCACCAGCAAUAUCAUCACUAUCACCACUGCUGUCAGCACCACUGUCAUCACCACUAUCACCGUCACUGUCAUGACUAUUAUCACCAUCAAUGUCAUCACCACUGUCAUCAGCACUGUCACCACCACUCUCACUACCAUUGUCACCACCACUGUCAUCACUGCUGUCACCACCACUGUCAUCACCACUGUCACCACCACCGUUAUCACCUCUGUCACUACCAUUAUCACCACUACUGUUUAUCACCACUGUCAUCAUCUGUCACCACCACUGUCAUCACCAUUAUCACCACCACUGUCAUUACUACUGUCAUCACCACUGUCAUCACCACUGUUACCAUCAAUGUCAUCACAUGUCCCCACCUAUAUCACCAUAACUGUCAUCACCACUAUCACCACCAUUAUCAACACCAUUAACCAACACUGUCACCACCACUGUCACCACCACUGUCACAUACCACUAUCACCACCUCUGUCAUCACCUAUAUUACCAUAA